AUGCAGGCUUUGGGCAUGCAGUCGAGCAGGAAGACGUCUCUCUGCAGUGCUUCGGCCAAGAAUGCAAGCACUCUAGCUGCGGCACCAAGCUCGGAGACAGCAGCGGAGACGGUGAACCCUCCCCCGACCGAGUCGGCCUGGCAGCAGCUACAGUCCGCGCAGGGUCAGCACGCGCACAAGCAGGACGUUUUCCACCAAGCGCUGUUGGAAGCUGAGAAGGCGCUCGAGGCGGCCAAGUACCGCUACUACUCCGACCAGACGGCGGCUCAGGCCCCCCCGUGGUGCGGAGAAGACGCGGGGCAGUUUGUGCUCGCCUUCGGGCGCGCCGCGGAGUUGCAGGGCGACCUCGGCGAGUGCGAGGACGCCCCCACCAAGGCGAGCGAGGCCGCCGCGGCGGGGGCGGCCAAGAGGUACCACGAGACGGACACCAGGCUGCGCUCGCAGGCGGCGGCACACAACAAGGUGCUGCUGGAGCUCGCGGUGAAGGAGGGGCCCGACCGCGACAGGGCGCCUGCCUCGCCCGAGGAAAUCCAGCGCCGCAGGGAGGAGCCUGGCGUGCUCCGCGAGCGCACGGCCAAGGAACGCCGCCAGGGCGCGAGUGUUGCUGCCGGGGAUGGCGACGCCUUCUGGGAGCACCACGGGUUGAUCAAUGAUGAGUUCUACGCGGACAGCUGCGACGGCAACGCAGGGUUGUGCGAGAUGCACGUCGCCGAGGCGGGGCUGCCGAAGGUGACCAGCGACUUGACCUUGGCCACGGACAACGGCUCUGGGGGCACCAGCGGGGGCGAGACGAUGGCGGCCAAGCGGGGGUUCGCCACGACCAGCUUCGACCGCGUCAGGCAGGCCAAGCUGGCGGCCCCGGCGGCCUUGCCGACGGCGGUCGACGACCCGCGGGCAGUGGCGGCCGACAAGCACGUCCACUGCGGGCUGCACAUCGAGAUGAAGGGCGCGAAGGAUCAGCGGUCGCGGCGGCCCGAGGCGGAGGCCGAUCCAGAUGGCGAGGCCAGCAAGGCCAAGAAACGGCACCGGUCGGAGCGCAGCUCCAGAUUGCCCGAGGCGUCUGCCGAGCUGGACAGUCACCUGGUCGACUGGGCCCCCGGCGCCAGGAAGCAGGAGGAGGGCGUCUCGAGGCGGCGCGCGAGGUUGGCGGGGAAAAUCGAGGAGACCAUCUUGGAUCACCGCGCCAUCGUAGAGGGUGACCGCUGGCAGUGCAGUGGACGAGGCAGAGGAAGAGAGGUCGCGUGGCGUCGGCUGAUGUCGACCUCCGGGCUGAGAACAAUGGAGAGGAAACGCGUAGCGGACAGGGCCACCCGCAUCGCCCAAGGCCUGGAGAGCGAGGGCCUGCUGUUGCAUUUCGGCGAUGAGGGCUGCGCGACGGCCUGGUGCGAUCAGGCGAGGAGCCUCGGGGCCCUCGACAGGAUAGGCGCGGGCCCUGGGCGAGUCGUCGGGGCCUGCGCCUGCUGGGCCGAGAAGGCUUUGGACGAGCAGGCUGGCCUCCGCCAUAUGGUCAAGCCCGAGAGACCCGUCAAGAACGAGCUGCGGGACUCAGCGGCCAACGUCGCGAGGCUGCGCGGCUACCUGCAGAGGGCGCUGGAGGCCGCGAAGCAAGAGGCGCAGGGACCGCUGGGGCAGGCCACGGGCAUCGACGUCCUGGGCUCGCUGGGCGUGGACAGGCGGCCGCUGGAGGCCGCGCAGGAGAUGGCGGACUUGGCCAACGCGUGCGAGGCGGCGGGCUGGUGGCCGAGGCAGCGCACGAUGGUGAUGGCGGGUUCCUUUCCGACGCCCGCGCAGGGCGACCGAGUGCUGGGCGAGGCCCCCAUCUUGCCCGAAGCCUCGAGCAAGGCCCGCGGAAGUGCGGCGGGGACAUGGACCGAGAGCCUCGGCGCCUUCUGCGAGGGCGCCAUCAAGGGAGGUGCGUUUCCCAGCGAUCGCGGUGGCCACGCAGAUCCAGCUCUUCCUGGCCCCAGGCUGCUCACGGGCGGCCACCGCGGGCUCAACUCCGAGCUGUGCCCGACGCGAUCGGCGGUCGCGGGCUCGGCCCAGGGCGCGAGCUCAGCCAUGGUCCACAUUCGCCAGGUGUUGCAGAGGGCCCACGAAGUGGCGCCCACAUGCGGCCUGUGGACCUUCAUGGACGACACCGCGGCGAGGAUGGAUGGCUCCAGGCGACCGGUCGUGGAGGCCGUCAGGUGUGCGAGUCAGUUUUUCGAGCGGGGUUUCGUAGUGGAGAGGGGCCUCGCGAUCUCGGAGAACACCGCGGCCCUGGCCUCGGACGCUGGUCUGGCGGAGGAGCUGUGGAGCGCGCUGACCACGCCAGGCGCGCCAGCCACGAAGGCAAGCAAGGCGGUCGACCUGGGCUGCGACGCGGCGGCGGGCAGGCAGCGGGCGCGCAAGGCCAAGGGCCCCUGGACCAGCGGCGCCCUGCCCCGGGCGGCGCACGGGGCACAGGCCGCGGGGCUAGCGCCGUGGCGGGUGCAGGAGUUGCGCCGCCAGGCCGCGGCCGCGGCGGCUGGGCGCGCGCGGGGCUGCUGCUUCCCCGCGCUAGGGGGCGACCUUGGCGUCGCCAUCCGCCGGGAGGUGCUGGACUCCUGGCUGGCGCUAUGGGGGCGGGCCCCCGAGCUGCGCGCGCGCAUCCAGCUGGGGGCGGGUGGUUGCCGCCGGGAGCCAACGCCGGCGCCGAGUGCGCGGGCCGCUGGGGGCGGCGCAGGAGCCAACAACGCGGAGUGGCACCUCGCGCAGAGCGACAGCGAGGCCUUCGGCAGCUGCAUCGACCACCAGCCGAUCCUGCACAACGCGAGGGCCUCCAGCACCAGCGCUGGGGGCCCCUUCCCUGCGGUUGGCAACGCUUUCACGGACGUGGGGGCGGGCAUCUGGGCGGAGUUGGCGUGGGAGAGAUGCACGAGGCGGCUCGCGGCGAUCUCUGGGAUGCGACUGCGGCCUUGGCGAGACGCCGCGCGCGCUCGGCUCUCCAGUUGUCUCUCGAAGCCGAUGCCGAGCGAGUCGAGCGCGGCGCCAGAGCCCCACGACCGACGGCGAGGCCGCGAGAGCCUGGCCAGGAUUGCCAAGGGGCUCGACCCAACGCGGGAGGGGGCGCUGGCGCCUGGCCCCAGGAACGCGCGCCGGUGCCGCCGCCCGCCCGGGGCGCGGUCGGCGAGCCCGUCGCGGCGUCGCCCAGGCAGCCGGCCUCGCCGCGAACGCCGUCCCCAAGGUCGGUCACGCCGCGGGCCUUCAAGUUCACGCUGUGGGAGGAGAGGCGGCUGGCGAGGUGUUUCCAGGACCCCUCCCGAGUGGAGCUACUACUGCCGCGCCGUGGCCGUGGUCUCACCCUCCAGCGGCGGGCCGCUUGUGACGGAGGCGGACUGGACCCGCACGGAGGAGUUCACCCUGUGCGUGGAGGAGCCGCCCGGGGCGACCCGCGACGCCGCUGGCGCGGAGUUCCUCGCAGGGCUCCUCGAAGCCUGGCGGAGGGUGGCGGCGGAGCACCGGGCGCUGGAGAGCUGUCCCUCUCCGUGCAGGUCAUCAACGGCCAGGUGCUCCGCUCGCUGCGGUCCGGGAUGGCUCGGUGGAGCGACGGUGGCGGCUGCGCGCCGCGCCGAGGAGCGCCGGACGGCGGCACGGGGGCGCCGCGCCAGGCAGGCGCGGCAGAGCCGCGCGCUGCGGCGCUGGGCGGACGGCGCGCGUGGGCGGCUGGAGCUCGGCCGCCGGAACCAGGAAGACCCGCCGCCGCGCCUCCUCCGAGCGCGCGCGGCGCGCCGCGCUGGCGUGGUGGACGGCCUCGUCGCAGGCGCGCGGCGGGCGGCGGCGGCAGCUCCUCGUGAGGGACCUCCAGGCGGACGGGGCCGCCAAGCUGUCCGCCGUGAGGAGGCUGCGCGAGCACGCCGUCUCCUCGCGUGCCUCCGCCGCGCGGGAGCGCGGCGCGCGCGGCCGCCUGCGGCAAGCGGCGCAGCGGAGGGUGCUGCGACAUUGGUGCGCGCUUCGCGAGCGCCAAGGCCGCCAGCAGGAGAGCUGCUGCAGCUGCUGGGCGCGCGGGCGGGGCCGAGGGCGCUUGCGCCAGCGUUCCAGGCCUGGCUGGCGGACGUGCGCCGGGAGCACCGGCGCCAGGCGGCCCUGCAGCGCGCGCGCAUCGUGACGGCGCUGUGCGUAAAGGGCCGCAUCUUCCACAGUUGGUCGGCCGCGGUGUGCGCGCACCGCAGUGCUGCGGGGCGGCUGCGCACUCUGGUGGCCGCCGCGUUCGCCAGCUUCGCGGCCGUUGUCCUCGCCCGCUGGAGACAGGACUGA